CAGUUUAAGUCAUUCCUUACUAAUUGGAAAUCAAACCCGUUUCUUCUUUGUUCCUCCUUUUAUUGUGACACACACAGCGAGUGAUAAGCACAUCCAGUGGCUCCUGGGGGCAGACGGUGAGGUCUGGGUCUGGGUCAUGGGAGAAGGCCCUGGAGACAAGCCCUAUGAAGAGAUCUCUGAAGAGCUGAUUGCAGAGAGGGCGCGGCUGCAGGCACAGAGGGAGGCUGAAGAGCUUUGGAGACAGAAGGAGGCAGAGAUCACCAAGAAGUUCCGGGACGCUCUGGCCAAUGAGAAAGCCCGGAUCCUGGCGGAGAAGUGGAAGGUGGAGAUGGAAGACCGCAAGGCUGCCAAAGUUUUAGAGGAACGUAUCCACGAAGAAUUCAAGAGGAAAGAGGAAGAGGAGAGGAAGCGAGGCGAAGAGCAGAUCCGCCUGCAGGAAGAGCAGCGGGCGAAGGAGCUGUACUGGACCCUGAAGCAGGCUCAGCUGCACUGCCAAGCCAGCGAGAAGGAGGAGCGGGAGUGGGAGGAGCAGUGGAUUAUUAGCCGAGAAAAUGCAGAAGAUCUCUUGGAGAACAUGACUGAGGGAGCAUUUCUGGUCCGGGUCAGUGAGAAAAUCUGGGGUUACACCCUCUCCUACCGCCUGCAGAAAGGGUUCAAGCACUUUCUUGUGGAUGCCUCUGGAGAUUUUUACAGCUUCCUGGGAGUGGACCCCAAUCGCCAUGCUACACUCACAGAUCUCAUUGAUUUCCACAAGGAGGAAAUUAUCACUGUUUCAGGGGGAGAGUUGCUGCAGGAACCCUGUGGACAGAGGGACAGCCCACCAGACUACCAUCUGUUGUUUGAAUGAUUUCUUCUUCUUAUCAGUUGGAUUUCUCUGGGCAUCCUCUUUUUGAACUCAGCAUAAAAACUUCCCAGCUCAAAUCCUUGUGGACUUCUGGAAGAUCCAUCACUGUUGAAAGGAACAAGUCGACUAGUGUGUCUCAAGGGAUAUGAAAUGUUUGGCAUAUGGGCUGCUGCUCUCAUCCUGAUGCUCAGUACAUAAAUUGCUAAUAGCUGAUGCAACUCUUUCAGAAGAGUUUAGCUAUGACCUCAGAAGAAAAGCCUAUUUUCCAUGGCUACCCUCAACUGAGCUCCUAGACUGCGUGAGUUUUAGAAAUCCAAAAUAAUUCUGGUGCCGAACCCUGAAUUAAAAAUGGUUAAACCUUGGUAGA